AUGUAAUUUAAGAUAAGGUAGAAGAAGGGUUGAAGGGUUUGGGAAUUGAGAGAGAGGAUUAAGAUCGUGAUAACAUCGUCAUCCUCGUUCGUUCGACACUGCAAUUGUUGUUAUCUCUGUCUGCAACGAGGUUGUUUUUUGGCGGGAAAAAGAUGUCGGGAAAGGGAGCGAAGGGGUUGAUAACCUCCGCCAACAACAAGGACAAGGACAAGGACAAGAAGAAACCCACUUCUCGUUCUUCCCGUGCCGGUCUUCAGUUUCCGGUUGGAAGGAUCCACCGGCUUUUGAAGUCAAGAACCACGGCUCAUGGUAGAGUGGGAGCCACGGCUGCUGUCUACUCUGCUGCUAUCUUGGAGUAUCUGACUGCUGAAGUAUUGGAGCUGGCUGGGAAUGCUAGCAAGGAUCUCAAGGUUAAGCGUAUUACUCCCAGGCAUCUACAACUUGCUAUCCGCGGUGAUGAAGAACUGGAUACGCUGAUUAAAGGAACAAUUGCUGGAGGAGGUGUUAUUCCUCAUAUUCACAAAUCUCUGAUCAACAAGUCUUCCAAGGAGUAGAUUACUAAUGGAUCGUUGUAGCUGCUUGAUGGAAAAUUUCUGUCUCUACUAAUUCUGAAUCUCUUAGAUGCUCUAGCUAAAAAUGUAGGACCUAUUAUUUGUGGUUAUGGUGCUGUUGACUGUGGAUAAAACUUGAUUUUCUGUUUCUCAGCUUAUUAUGGAACGACUUUCGAUUGGGGAUAAUGUCAUUUUUCUUCAAUAUUUGGAUUUGCAAUUUCAUCA